AUGAGUAAGAAAAGAAACCCAAAUUUUUCUAGUGCGGAAAUUCAGGUUCUUCUAGACGAAGUGGAAAGAAAUAAAGAAGUAAUUUUUUGCAAGUUAUCAAAUAUUGUGACAAAUGCCGCAAAGAAGAGGGCUUGGGAAAGCAUCUGUGAAAAGAUAAAUUCUUGCAAUUCCUCCUCUCAUACGAGGACUGUUGAGGAGAUAAGAAAAAAGUGGUCAUCUUACACCAGCGACGCGAAGAAAAAGGCAUCGCAACAACGCAGAGAGUCUGCAAAAACAGGAGGUGGUCCACCACCCAUUGAAUUAGAUGCCUUGCAGGACAGAGUAGUCGGCAUCAUAGAAAACUUGCCUAUUGAUGGAAUACCGGGUGGCCAUGACACUGCAAGGUCCAAUGAAGGAAACAUUUUGAGCUCGGGUAUUGGUAUGUAUUUUUCUUAA